UGCGAAGAGUGAGAAGUACUGUGGGGGAGAAAGCUAUUGCAAUCUCGGAGAAGAAGGGAGACAAAAAUGGCGGCCAAAACCCUAAUCAGGUCAGGAGCUUCGUUGAUGAAUCGGUUUCUAUCGAAGCCGACGAUGAACCUGGUGCAGAGCAAUCUGAGAGCGUCUAUUCAACAGAUAGCUCCUCAGAGACAAGAACUCCCGCCGUAUUUUUUCCCGUCGUUGUCGAAUCUACAGAGCACACUCAAUUCGAGCCCUAACGACACUGCUUCGAUCCAGGAACUCAAUGACCGUGGGUUCCUUUACCCUUCUGGUCUUCCUUCACUCGAAUUCUUCUUACCAGAAGUCGAUCCAUCAAGUGAGCCAUUGCUUCUGUUUCCUAAGAGGACAUUCCAACCAAGCACUAUAAGGCGUAAACGCAACCAUGGAUUCUUUGCUCGGAAGGCAACCAAAGGUGGGCGGAGAGUUAUAGCUCGGAGAAUAGCAAAAGGGCGCCACAGAGUCUCAGCCUAGAAUCUCUUUCAUCUUUCCAUUGAUGAGAAUGUCCGGUAAUCAAAAUGAUUCAGACUCCACCUUCAGGAUAGGGCAUCUAAAACAUCGAUCUCAUAAAUAAUUUGAAUGUCUUCGUAUCCAUGUUUUGAUAUGUUGUCGAUCUCAGAUUGAAGUGACUUUAAAAUUUUAAAGUUCUCAGCUCCUUUGUAAUGGAUAGUUUAUAUCUAGGAAUCUUUUGUUCUCCAUGAUGUUGACAAAUUAUCAUCGUUUUAAUAACGAAGCAAGGCGAUUAAGGACACAAA